ACUGCAAAAAGUGAAUGAAAGUUGGCAUAUUUUCUUCUGUUUUCAAGAGCACUUUUUUCCAAUUUUCCAGCAAUAUCUAUUUUCUUUGAUUACGUCGAAUGAUGUGCUAAAUUUUUCGUUUCAUAUUCGAGUUGUUGUCCGACAUCUAAAAUAAGAUGGAAGAAAAAUCGUCGUCAGCAGAACAGAACUCGGUCAGUGGAAAAAAGCCUGCAGCCAGCCCUUUCGAUAAUCUUAGUCGCGAUGACCUGGUUAAAAAAUGCCGAGGACUGCUUGGAAUUGCCCAGAAGGCUAAACAGGCAAAGGAUGAAUGUCAAGAGGAGAUUAAGCAGCUGCGCGAGCAGUUGGCUCAUGCCGAAACGCAGAAGAUUGCUGAUAAGGAUUGUCUGAAAGCAAUGCAGGAAAUGGUAGACUCAUUGACGGAACAAAAACUAAAUGCGACCAUACGGGUGGAUGAGCUGAAGAAGGUGGUGGCCAGUUCCAUGCGGGAGCUGGAAGGAGCCGCAUUAAUAAGAGAGCAGUUGGAAAAACUUUCCAACGAGAAUGAAGCUUUCAAAAGACAGAUACAACGGUUAACUGAUGAAAACGAGGAGCUUUUAGGGAAUUUAUCGACGAUGGAAGAUCGGUUGAAGAGCUUGGCGACGAACAAUCAACAGGUUGAGCAGGAGAAGAGUAUUCUGGAGGUCGAACUUUCCAAAUUAAAGAAUGAAACGGUUUCCUCGGAAAAAGAGAAAAAAUUGAUUCGCAAGUUAAAAUUGUACAAGAACAAGGUGCAGGAAAUUUCAGCUAAAAUAUUACUGUUGAAGUCGGAUAGAAAAAUUUUGAUGAAAACUGUUAAAGAGUACUCGGAACAAGUGCCGAAAUGGCAGAAAGAAUUGCUGAAUGCUUCCAAUGUACUGUUUGCCAGAACACAGGCUCUGGAAAAGGAAGCUCACUGUUUGAGGGAUCAAUGUACGAAAUAUUCUGAACAGAUUGGAGAACUUUCCAAACAGAAUGAAGCUGUGAUCGGCGAAAGAGAUGACUUGAAGAUGAUGAUUUCAGCAUUGACUGAGCAGUGCUCUCACACAGAUCGAGUCAGUAACGAGAAUCGUCGACUUGUUGAAGAGGUUAAGGCCUUACAAGUUCAGGUGUCGGAUGUUACAGAUAAUUUCAAACAUGAGCAAGUCAAAAAUGUUGAACAACGGGACAUACUUGAAGAUCAAAAACAACAAAUUGAGAAAUUGUCGAGUGAAUUAAUUUACGUCAGAGAACAGUUACUUGAAUGUGAUGCAAAGCUUCAUAAACUGGAAACCGAAAAUGCUGAUUUACUUCAACAAUCUACGGCGGAGGACAUUCAGCGUCGAAAUGAAGCGAUUCAAGUGAAUGAAUAUUUACAAAAGGAAAAGAAUGAUUUGGAGCAAAGAUUACUGCUAGAACUGGAGGAGAAGAAUGGUCUAAGAAAGAACUUUGCUGAACUUCAGCAGACUGCAAAAGAUUGGCAGAAUUUAACUGAGAAAUUGGAAACAGAAUUGGCCAACAAGGAAGCAGCUCUUGAAAAAUUGACCUACGAUAAGGAACAAUUGAAAUCCGAUGUGGACCGUUCUUUGGAAGAUGUACAGAAGCGUGUUCAAGAACUUGAACAGAUUAAAACCAAUCUGGAACUAGAAAAGGAAGAACUUUUUAGGCAAAAUGAAGAGUAUAAAAAUAAUGUUGCCCCAGAAGAGGUUCAGGAAUGCUGUCGAAGGCAGCUUCAAGAAUUGGAAAUGAAAAAUGCUCAAGUAUCUGAAUUUGAGCAGAAGUUACUACGAGAAUGUCAAGAAAAUGAAAAAGUUAGAGCGUGUUUGGAAGAUCUUCAAAACGAAUAUAAUGAUAUCCAGCGCUACUAUCAACGGCAAGCGGAGGAACUGGAAGCAAAUCGGAGCUUGUUAGCGCAAUUAGAGCAAAAACUUCACUUAGUUGAAACCAAUAAUGAACAACUGAAAGACGCUACGGCUAACGAUCGUCAUCAACACGUGAUCGAUCUAGAAGAUCAGCUCCGCAGCCAAGUAGAAGCGUUAGAUUUAAAAAAUAAACAAGUUAUGGAAUUAGAGCAAAAUAUAGAUGCUCUUACAACGACGGUGGAGAAUCUUCGGUCCGAACUUCAAAAAUCGAAGUCUGUCAAUCAAUCACUUCAAAUAAAUGUUUCCGAAUAUGAAACUAAGUUUGCAGAAAGUUUAGACAAACAGGAGAUGCUUGAGACAAAGCUGCUCGAUUCUCGCAACGCCUUCGAGGCUCUUGAAAGCCGUUACAAUGUUGCUAUCGUCGAAAACCAGCAGCUAAAGGCGAGUCAGGAACAACUCUACCAGGACAGUGCCAAUGACCGCGAAGAAUUAGGCACCGUCCGUUCGAAAUAUGAACUAGUUAAAAUGGAAAAUAGCGAGCUUCUGUCGGAGCUGAAGGAAAUCAACGAAAUUUUGAAGGAACGUGGUGGUGUCAUUUCUCUGCAGCUGUCGAAAAUUUCCGAACUGGAAUCACAAAAGGCGGCCUUGCAGCAGAAACUGAACGAACUGGACAGCCCGGAUGUGGAACAGUUACGGAUGCGGCUUCAGGAACUCGAACGUUCGGUAUCCGAGAAGGAAGCAGAAAUAAACGCGUACCGCGAUCGGGAUCGUAGCUUUGAUGCUCAAAGUGACGCUAUGUCGACGUCGACGAUUUCACGUGCAGAGGAGUGCGCCCGAAUGCGAGAGAUCGACGAUAGUUUCGAAGAAAAAUACAACAAGCUGCGCUCACUAGCCGUACGAUUAAAGAAGAAGGUCGCCGAACAGACGGUGCUGCUCCAAAAGUACGAGAAGGAGAAAGAACCAGUUACGCUGGGAAAGAAUUUGCAAUCGCUUCAGGCGGAAUACGAUAAGCUCUUGGAUGAGUUGGAAGCAGAACGUAAAGGCAAAGAACAAUCUGAAGUGGAACUUGGAACACUUAGUGAACAACUGGAUAAACAGCGACAGGAGCUUGAUGCCCUGAACCAUAUUCGAUCGGAAAUUGAUAGUGGCAAAAAGGACAAGUCUUCACUGGAGUCUACCAUCCGUGAGUAUCGCGAGCAAUUGCAAAGUUUGAAACGCGAGAAGGAAGCCUUCAAUUUAGCUAAGAAAGAAAUUGACGCAGAAAAUCAGAAACUGAAAACAGCGCUGAAGGCAAAGGAGAAACAGCUGAAUGAUGAGUUGGAAGCACAGAAAGAACUGAAAGCCGAAGUCGAGCGAUCUCGAAUGAUCGUCAAAAAAGCAAAUGUGUUAAAUCUUGAAAUGGAAGCUUACGAAAAAUCGUUGGGCGAACUAAAUAAAAAGUUAGAGACGAAAAAGGCCCAAGUUAGGGACCUGGAGGGAACAGUGGAAGCCCAGGACGGAACGAUCAAAAGUCUGAAAAGCCAAAUCGGGUUGCUAGAGCAAAGCCUGACAUCAGAGAGGACUCACGCGCAGGAGUUGAAAAAGAAUGUCGAUUUGCAGCAGGAAAAACUGCGAUUGAGUGAGCAUCAACGGGGCGAAACAAAUGUUGAACUGGCACAGCUUAAGGUGGAGUACGAGAGAAUCAAGCUGGAGAUGGAAUCAAAUCGAGCCGAGCUAGCGGAUGCAGUGACUGAAAAAGAGAAAAUCUCCAGCGUGCUAGAAAUGGAGAAGAGCAAACUGCUGAAACAAGUAUACAGCGUAGAAAACGAAUCUGCAGAGCUCAAAGCUAAGAUCAAGGAGAAGGAACAGGAAAUUGAAGACGUCCGAACCGAAUUUGCCAGCUACAAAAUCCGCGCACAAAGUGUUCUGAAGCAGAACCAAAACAAAGACAGCGGGAAAGAACGCGAGCUUGAGGACGAGGUGCAAAACCUUCAGAAAUCAUUGGAACUUUCUCAAAGUAAGCUUGCAAACAUUACACAACAAACGACGGAACUGAACAAAAUCAAUGAAGAGUUGAAGGAAGACAAAGCUAGACUUCACAGUCGCUGCAAAGAACUUCGCGAACUAUUGGAAGAAUCUCGCCUGCAAAACGAUUCCCUACUUAAUGAAAAUCGCAACAACAAUCUAACCCACCAGGAGGCUUUACGAACGCAACGACUACAGACAGAAACGUUGGUCAACUGCUACAAAAAACAGUUGGAGGAACUGCAGGAAAAGUACUCCAAAGAUAUGGAAAAUCUACAAUCGCAGAUCGGUAAAUCAUAUCAGGAUUCUCCUGACGCAAGCGAUUCGCGGAACAAUAAUGCGUCCCACGCCAACACGGGUACCCUUCACCGAGGUCAGCAGCAUAUUUCCGACGAACAGAAGAUCAGCCUUCUGCUGAUGGAACGCGAAGAUGGCGAAGGUUCAGAAAGCACCAGCUCGCAAAGUGCUAGCACCCUCCAGCAAAAUCGGAAAAUUUCCAUCUCUAGUCAAAACACUCGCACCCGUGCUAGCCGGGAUCUGAUACCGCUGGAUGAACUGCUAAAUUCCUCAUUCGACGAUACUUCCGUGUUCGAUGGUACGGAAAACUCCGGAGUCCGCGCGGCGUCACCCACGGUGGAGCUGCAGCAUACCAAAGAGAAACUCUCCAAGCAGGAAAGUCGUGUGCGACAUCUGACGGCACUGUUAGCCGAAGCCGAGCAAGACCUGGCUAAGCUGACGCAGCUUAACGAACUGCUGAAGGAAGAGGUUCGUCGGCAGGAGAGGUCCAUCGAGCGGGAGAAGCAUGUGCACAACUCCGAGUAUCUGAAGAAUGUGAUAUUCAAGUUCUUAACGCUGAGUAGUGGCGAUGAAAAGUCACACCUAGUUCCUGUGUUAAACACAAUACUUAAACUAAGUCCGGAGGAAACUCAAAAGUUGAACCAUGUUGCGAAAGGUGGUGUUGAAGGCGGAGGACGCGGUUGGACAGGCAUCUUGUGGAAGUAAACUGCAUUUGUUUCAUGGAAGACGGCGAAAUAUAAGCAAUUAUACACCGAUAAUUUAUUGAUUUCCACUUGAUUCCUUUCAAAUAAGUAUUAUAUAUGUAACCCUCCACACAGUUCAGGGGGAUGUAAAAAAAAAGUAAAUCGAUUAUUUUAAAUUUAGUACCUUAAUAGGGGUUGUACUGAGAGUAGUGUGAUUGAGGUUAGUGUGUUUUGUUAAAAGAUAGCGAACAACGAAUAGAAUAGCAUGUUGGUAAAUAUACUAUGACAUAAUAAAGAUUCUUAUGCGUUUAUCGUGUUAGAUAA